AUGUCAAAAAAGAAAUUGGAUCGUUUAGAUGAUGCUAAAUGUUCUACAGAUCGUAGUCAUAAUAAAAAUAAUAAUAGUACUGAUCUCAAUUUUGUAUUAUUUUCAUUUUUAAUUUAUGUAGACACUUCAUUAGAGAUUAAAUAGUAAUAUUGAAGAAUAAUAACUACAAUCAAAAAUUACAUUCUUUUCAAAAUUCAAAUAAAAAGAAAUACCUAUUAUCAAUAAUGAUUCUAUUUAAGGAAUGGCAUAAACAUUAUCUAAAAUAUCAUUCAAUGAAAUUCAGCAUCAUUAAUUAUAAAGAGAAUAUGAUAAAAUUAAAAAUGAACUAGCUUAAUUUAGAGCUUAACAAAUUAAACUAUAUUCAACUAUAACUAAAUUAUAAAAGGAUAAUUAAACACUUAUGGAUAAAUUAAAAUUUUAUGAUGAAGAAAAACUUAAUUUAUAAAGAAAAAUUUAAAUUGAACAGAAAUUAAAUGAAGAAUUAAAUAAAAAACUUAAAAGAUCUGAACAAAGAAUUUAAAUCAUUUUAGAAUCAAACAUUGUUUUUCAAAAAGAUCAAAUUAAAAUGACACUUUUAGAUACUCUUCAUGAAAAUGAACAUUAUAAAAUGGAGGCAAUACAAAAAUAAAAAGAUUUAUAAAAGUAUUUAAUAUUAUCAAUAUUAGAUUAUAAAUUAAUAAUAGUAACCUUAAUCAUAAAUUAAAUAGACUCACAAAUCGAAUUAUUACAUCAUAGAGACAUUAAACAGAAUCUGAAUUCAUUGAUUAAGAUAAAAUGGUCAUUACUUUCACUGAUAUUCCAACUAAUUUUAUCUUUAGACAUAUUUUUCAAAAUAUAGAAUGUAAAUAAUUCAUUUCUACUUCUCUUGAAUAAACUCCAGAACAAUUUGGUUCUCAUUUUAAUCUCAUACCUUAAGAUCAAAAGAAAAUUCAUUUAAUUUGGCUAUUUAAUCAUAUGGUCAAUUAUCGAGAAUUCAGUUAAUAACACAACAAUUUUAUAAUUAAAUUAACUGAAUUGAUAGUGAUAAAGUAUUUAAAAUUCUUAAUUUAAUAAUAGAAACUAUUAAGAUUUAUAUAACUUUAUAUAAAAUUUAUCUUAAUUCUUAAAAGUAUCAAGAAUAACACUUUGGCUUAGAGAUUAUUGGACUGGCUUUUUUGAAACUCUAUAGGAAGGUAAAUCUUAAAAAAUCAUUUGUUCUAAAGGGGCAUUCAAAGACUGUUUAGAAUAAAGAGAAGCUAUAAAUAGUAAUAUAUAUAAUAUAUAGAUAUAUAUAGAACUCACUGCAUAAAGACACCUUUUAUAUUAAGAUGGUAAAGGAGAUGAUGUUUAUUAAGAAAAUACUUAUUUAUAUCCUUUGAAUACAGAAACUGUAUUACCUGCUGGUCUUUUGGAAGUCUUCUAACCUACAUAAAAUAAUUCUUAUUCAGAUGUCUAAUAUUUUACUUCUCUUUUAGGUAUAUUUGUUAAAAUAGUUGUAUCUAAAAUAGAAAAUGAUAUUGUUAUAUAAAAUGUGGCAAAAUAAAAAGAUAUUCUUCUAAAUUAAUUUUUAUGUUUGAUGAAGGCAGAUGAUAAAUUGCAAUUUACAAACUUAAUAAAAGAAAUGUAAUCUAAACUAUUACAAAUCUCUACUUGCGAAAUAAUCUUUAUAGAAAAUAAUUAAAUGUUUAAAUAUAGUCGCCAAGGUUUAUAAUCAAUAAAAUGUAUUGCUGGAGUUUGUGGUUUAAUUGCCUAAGAGAAAAAGCCUGCUUUCUUUUCAAACCUUACUAAAUAAGUGCAUUAUAAUUAAUUAAUUGAUAUGUAUACACUUGCUCCAGUUUAUAUUUAUCCUAUCUUAAAUAAUGAUUAAUGUUUAGCUGUUAUUGAAUUAACACUAACUAAUAAAUAAAUUGAUCAUCAUCGCUUUAGAGAUCCAUUAACUAGUUUAAAUCAAUAAUCUAAUUAAGCUAGAAUGUUUUGUGAAUGUGUAUAAACAGCAUAUCUAUGCAAAUUUAAUUGA